AUGGUCUUGUCGCUGGAUCUUUUCAGGUCCGAUAAAGGAGGCAAUCCUGAUUUACUCAGAAAAAAUGAGAAGAACCGGUUUAAAAACUCAGAAAUCGUAGACAAGAUUAUCGAACUGGAUGAGCGUUGGCGUAAAGGUUUGCUGGCAGAAGCAUCUCUAAGUGGAGAUUCGGUGCUUCCUUCCGAAAUCACUGAAAAUGUUAUUGGACUUACUCAGGAGCAGAUUGAUGGUCUAAGUAUAUGUCAAAUUAAAGCAUUGACGGUUUAUAUUGAUGAAACGAUAAAAAGUCAGCAGAAUCUUUCCAAUGAAUUGGAGAAGUCAAGAAAUGAUCUGGUUUAUGAAGUCGGUAAUAUUUUGCAUCCUGAGGUCCCUAUAUCUGACAAUGAGGAAAACAACAAAGUCAUUCGCACAUUCGGCGACGCCUCGAAUAUUAAAAAAUAUUCACACGUGGAUUUAGUUCAUAUGAUAGACGGAUACAAUGGCGAGCGUGGGACUGCUAUAUCGGGCAAUCGGUGCUACUUUUUAAAGGGACCAUUGGUGUUUUUAGAGCAGGCUCUUAUCAACCUCUCUCUGAGGAUGCUCUACCAGCGCGGAUACACGCCCCUCUACACGCCGUUUUUCAUGCGCAAGGAGGUAAUGCAGGAGGUAGCACAGCUAUCCCAAUUCGAUGAGGAACUGUACAAAGUGACAGGGAAGCGCGAGGCUGCUGGUGACCCCAAUAAUGAUGAUGACGAAGAGGUGAAAUAUCUUAUCGCCACAUCAGAGCAGCCUAUUGCUGCUUAUCAUCGUGGUGAAUGGAUGUCUCCUGAGGGACUACCUCUCCGGUAUGCUGGCGUAUCCACUUGCUUCAGGCAGGAGGUGGGCAGUCAUGGCCGUGACACUCGGGGUAUUUUCCGUGUUCAUCAAUUUGAAAAGUUCUGCAUCACUUCACCUCAUGACAACGCUUCCUGGGAGAUGUUUGAUGAAAUGAUUUCUACUGCUGAAAGUUUCUUUGAGGCUCUCAGGAUUCCAUAUAGAAUUGUGUCCAUUGUUUCUGGUGAGCUUAACAAUGCGGCCGCGAUGAAGUAUGAUUUGGAGGGCUGGUAUCCGGGCUCAAGGGCUUUCCGUGAACUUGUCUCCUGCAGCAACUGCACUGACUACCAGUCGCGUCGUCUGGGUAUUCGCUUCGGUCAGACCAAAAAGAUGGGGAGAGAGGUUGAGUAUGUACACAUGUUGAACGCCACUAUGUGUGCGACUACUCGGGUGAUGUGUGCCAUCCUUGAGAACUACCAAACAAACGAUGGUAUCGUUGUGCCAGAUGCCGUCCGGGAGUUUAUGCCUGAAGGAUUGAAGGAAGUAAUUCCGUUUGUUCAUCCUGCGCCGAUUGAUCAGAAGAAAGGUGACGUGGCUGAUCUGGUCGCUAAGAUGUCUCUGGAAGAGAAUAAGGAAGUCAAAAAGGUCGCCGCCGACGAAACCAAACCAGUUGCUUCCAUGAAAGCCAUUGAAAAGACAAAAUUGUCCGAAGAAGACACAAAUAUUGCAAAAUCUGAUGCUCAUGCUGAUCCAGAGCGCGAUUGUGCUCCUGCUGCGCCAUCCCACGUUGUUGUAUCCCAUGCCACUGCACAAAAACCACGUCACAGAAGGAGGAAAAAAGGCAACUUGACGGGUGGCUCAUCUCAUCCACCAAAUUAA